AUGCUCGGUUCGUCCGAAGCGACGCAUAGUCCUCUUCCCUCUCUUCAUCACUCUCCCUCCGUUGUUGGGGAUCACGAUCGCGCCUCUACUCGGGAUUCCACCCCCGUUACCACUCCCCUCGGGUUUGGCCCAUCGCUGCGCAGACCGGAUAAGGAAAAGGUCUCGGAUCUGCCGUGGGCUGAAGACUCCCUCGACUUCGACUUCAGCGACGUUCAUUCACCGUAUUUUGACGCUCGAAAAUUGCACCCUCCUUUCCACCAAGACCUCGACUUUCCUCUUUUCCCUUCAUCACCUCCUCCGACCACAUUCACCACAACGCCCACCACCACCACCACCAUGACCGGUGCCGCUCCCAUCGAUAUCGCCACCCGCCAGAGCUCUGUCUCCCCUCCGGGACAGCAGGCUUCGAACCUCACCUCAGCUUUACAACGAGCGAACAAUGUAGACCGAACACCUAGCUUCUCCCAUGCGAAUGGCGUCGGACUCAGCGUCUUCAAGGCCCCCCCUCCUCGCAAGGACUCGAUCGGAGCAGCUACCGCACAAUGGGGCAACGGAACGAAACCGAUUUCAAUGUCUGGAUCUAAUCGUGAUAACCCCCGGCGGGAGUCAUUAGCAGGAAGCUUAGUUGGUGGAAUGAGUUGGGGUGGAGUGUCUGUCGGAAGCUGGAUUCGUGAUGAUAUUAUUAUGACCGGCACGUCUCCGUUCACUUUUCAGUCGCCCUCGUUCCAUUCUUCUUCAUACUUGCCGAAACUGGAAGCGAACUUCAUGCGCGAUUUCUCCUGCUGCGGGGUGACACUCCCGACACUCCACGAUCUAUUACAGCAUUAUGAAGAAGCCCAUGCCACCAAAUCACCCCACCAAGGCCAUCGCCCCAGUCAAGGUGAUGGCAGAGCAGCUAUGGCUGCGGCCGUGAUGGCGCAACAGCAAAACCAACAGAUUCCCAACCAAGCUCGCGGGCUACAACCGGAUCGAACCAUGGAUAUGCAGCGAAAAUUGAACCAGACGCCACAAAUUCCGCAGCAUUCCGAUCUGGACACAAUCGAUGAUAUGGAGCUGGACGAUACAAUCGGCGACGGAAGUGAUGCCGCCUCACAACUGUUCUCCCCUCAGGUGCGCGAUGGAGGCCAAGGAGGAUUCGGAAAUGGCAACCAAAGAGUCCCGCAUCUGAACCUGUCCAUGCUUCCCGGUCACCAGGGCUUCAAGGGCUCACAGCCUGGAACGCCUGUCGCUUCCGGACGACCCCUUUCGCUGCAGAACAACCCUACCGUUUCGUCUGUCAAUACACCUACUUUGAUGGCAAACCCGCUUCAGAACUCGCAGUUCCGAACAACCCCCGAUUCUUCCGCUCCCGGCACGCCGGCUGAACUCGACGAGAGUAUGAUUGGUGGCUUUGGCGAUUUGAAUAUGCAGAACCCUAUGAUGCAAGGUCAACCGCAAUUUGGCCGGUUCACUGGUAACAGCGACAUGGUCGAUCUGUGCAUUGACGAGCCAGCUAAGCGGCUAUUUAGCCCUACUGGUGGUCUCAACACUCCCAAUGCUCAUUUUAAGCUCAGCGGUGCUCAGUACGGUCCGAAUAGCGAGAUUGCUCGGCGGAUCCGUGAGCAGCAACUGCUGGCAGGUGUGCCUGAUACUACCGCUCUUCUGCCUAAUGAGGAGCCCAAGCCUUUCCGAUGUCCUGUUAUUGGCUGUGAGAAGGCAUACAAGAAUCAGAACGGCCUGAAAUACCACAAAGCACACGGCCACAACAACCAGCAGUUACAUGACAAUGCGGAUGGAACCUUCUCAAUCGUCAAUCCUGAGACCUCGGCCCCUUACCCCGGUACCCUUGGCAUGGAGAAAGAGAAGCCCUAUCGCUGUGAGGUUUGUGGCAAGCGCUACAAGAACCUCAAUGGCUUGAAGUAUCACAAAUCGCAUUCCCCGCCUUGCAACCCUGACUUCCAGCUUGCUGCAGGUCGUAAUCUGGCGUUCGGCGGGGGUGUCAUGCAGGGGCAAAAUAUCAACGUUGCUGGGGCUGGCCUACCUGGCAUCGGUGAGGAGGGCUUGCUCUAA